GGUUUUUCAGUGCACAAGCACUUUAGCUCUUGGAUUAGAGUUGAUAUUGGCCAAUUUACGCGAUGAAACGCAGCGGCGAUCUUGCUUGACUGAAGUUGUUCCCUCAAGAUCAUCAAUUGGGUCAUGGGAAGUUAUCCACUGCACUAGCCUAGAUGAAUAUAUAACAUGGAGGACACAGUGCAGAAAAGAAUUAGAUGGGCUUCCCCUGCGUGUCCGUGGAGAUCAUGGAAUGGAAAACAUUGACGUGGCCAGGUAUAUGACAAAUAAUCGAGGAUCAGACAAGGGGAGUUUCAUUGCUGGACGCAGUGUUCACAAUCAGAGAAUAGAAUGUUUGUGGGCAGAGGUCAACCGAGUUUGUUCUGCAUUUUACAAAGAUCUUUUUGAGUUUAUGGAAAGUAAUGAAAUACUUGAUUCUCUAAAUGAAGUGCAUUUAUAUGCAUUACAUUAUGUACAUCUUCCAAGAAUUAAUGCAUCACUAAAUGAAUUUCACAACCAGUGGAAUUAUCAUGUGAUGAGAACAACUGGUUAUCACUCACCACUAGCCUUAUGGAAUAUGUCACUGUUACAAACAUCUGAUGCUGCGGAAGUUCUUGACAUAGAAUCCUAUGGCAUAGACCAACAUGGUCCAAUUCCAGAUAUAAUCACUGACAACAAUGUUGUUGUUCCAGAGCUAGCUAACUGAGAGUGAAAAUCAACAGCUGAAGGAAAAUGUUGAUCCAUUAUCUGAUGAUGGAAACUCUGGGAUAAAUCACUUUUUGUCUGUCCAGCAAAUUCUGGAAACUUUCCAAUGAGAUUUCAUAAUGGUGUUAUAGAUGAAUCUUAAAAUGUGAUACAAUUUGCAUUGUAGGCAGCCCCAAAGAUAGAUGUAGGUUAACAGUAUUUACAUUGUUUUCUGUCAUGACAUUUUUGCAGUUGCUUUGUCAUCAUUGAAAAUAUAUAAGGAUUAAAUGUUUAGAUGUGUCAA